AUGGACAUAGAGCCUAAGAGAUCCACAACUGGACGGAACCCCCACGAACACGCUUCGGACAGCGGUCUGGGGUCUAGCAUCAGUGGAUCAAGAUACGGUAAGAACUUGCAGCUACCCGUCUUGGUCUUGGACGCCCCGCAUUCUAACAUUGAAAAAGGCGAAGUCCGCACCCAACUCUCCAGCGUCCGUGAUUCCAUCAACACCUCCGUCAGCUCAACCCACUCAGCUGUCACGCGGUCCUGCUCAUCUCUGGGUGCCACCGAGGGAAAGCAUACGCUCGGAGAGUACGCUUGCAAGAAGAUUCACGACUUGAUCAUCAAGCCUAUCCUCGCCGAGGAAUCACUGCAAGAGUUCCACCCUUUGAUCAAGGAUGUACCGCGACGCAUAGGUGAGAAGAACAUCUGCAACCUUCGUGAUCUCGAGAAGACCCUCAUCUUCCUGGCACCGGUAAGUCUUGUCCAUUGUCGUUCUGAAAGUGCAGAAGCUUAUUGCAUUUUCCGCGGCAUCAAGGAGCUUUCGAUUUCGUCCACCUCGUACCUCCGAUUCUGUGAACGGUCCAUUCAACUCCUGGUUACGACAAUCGGACAUCUCCCUGAACGCGAUCAGCGACUGCCGUCCGACCGCCCUUAUACUAACGGCUACUUUCUCGACUUGAUCGAACAGAUUCGACGAUACGCCGCAAUCAUGGCUGCGACCAGAGAAAAAGAAGAAAAGGGCGAACAGCUCGAUGACCAGGACUAUUCACGGUAUGACCAAGCGGCCGGCUUUUUGUUCCGACGGAGCGCUAAUCAAGCAAAUCUCAGUGACGAAAAAAUCACCCUUCGUGGUGGGCUCAGCCACGAUGGUCAUCCAAUGGAGUUGGUUCGUGAAAAGAACGGCCAGAUUUUGAGCAUUGUGGAAGGCGCUGGCAACCACCGCAGCUUGUCCAAACGUGGACUACCUGGUGAUGAGAUGGAUGAGGACGAAGUCACCCGCUCGAUGGCCCGAAGACGGAAGUCGGAGAAACCCGGAGACGUCAUCCAUACCUGCCGUGAUUGCAAGAAGGACUUCAAGCGCCCGUGCGAUCUUACCAAGCAUGAGAAGACCCAUUCUCGGCCAUGGAAGUGUUCUGAGCCAAAAUGCAAGUAUUUUGAUCUUGGUUGGCCCACCGAGAAAGAGCGUGACAGGCACAUGAAUGACAAGCACUCGGCUGCCCCAGCCCAGUACAAGUGUCUUUAUCCACCAUGCACGUAUGCGUCGAAGCGAGAGUCGAACUGCAAGCAGCACAUGGAGAAAGCCCACGGCUGGGAGUAUGUCCGCUCCAAGAACAACGGCCGCAAAAAGAGUGCGACGAGCAAUGAGCGUAGCCCAGCCACCCCACUCACUCCUUUCGUUGGUACCCCUCAGUCUGUCAGUCUGAACACACCCAUGACAUCAUUUGCUCCAUCGCCACAGCUGCCUAUGAUGGGAGACUUUGAUCAUUAUGGCUUUGGGACUCCAGCUUUGAGUGUUCAAGACGACUUCCGACGCGACUCUGUGACGACGAACGGUUCCCACUUUACGUACUCUUCUGGUCACUCACCCACUGAGCCCACAUCUUUUGUUGACGCUGUCACCCCAGAGGAUGUAGGCAUCAACCACAACGAUGUGCUCAACACAAUGGGUGUAAAUUUUAACACGGGCUAUCAACAGCCCACACCAGCUUUGAGCACGGGGUUCGACUUUGAACCUCUGCCUUUUACCACAAAUAGCACCAUGCAUCCUGGGUUUGCGCACCUUUCGCCGCUAGCCCAGCCUGAUGUCACCCUUUUUUCUCCCCACAUGCACAUGGACGAAGGCUAUGGCGACGUGGACAUGGACAUGAGCACCUUCAGCCGUCCAACUGAGGACUUCACCUUGUUUGAUACAACGCCCGCCACCAACAUGCCGCUCAAUAACACUGUAAACUUCUUCCCUGAUUUCAGUCAGUUGGGAGGACAGUUUGACAACCUGUACACCGAACCCACCACCACGCUGGACGACUUGAUGGGCAACUACGGAGAUCCGCAAUAG